GAAGCGUGGAUCCAUCCACCAAGAUCGGCAGAUUGUGACGUGGGAGAUCGCCAUGCAGCACCUUCUUUAUCUCGCGGCCACGGUAGCGUUGGCUGCGAUUGCAGUUCUUGGCAGCGUGAGCUUGACCCCUCCGGCGCAUGACCCCGUCAAGGCAACUCAAGGGCUGAUUGAACGCUGCUUGGGAAAGGUGUACCUCGAUCAAUUCUCGCUGAAUGUUAUUCCUGCCACUACCGAUGGACGCGAUGUGUGGGAAAUUGGGACGAACGGCGACAAAGUUGCGAUCAGCGGGUCGAGUGGCACUGCCCUCGGCUAUGCCCUCCACUGGUACUUGAAACAUGUUGUGCACACCCAAACCGACUGGGAAGAUCACGAGAUCCACCUUCCCAAGACGCUUCCGCGCAUCAGCUCCACCGUGCGUGUAGAACGCAGCUCCAAGUACUCGUACUACGAGAACGUGUGCACCGUAAGCUAUUCCCAAUGGACGUGGGGAUGGGCCAAGUGGGCAAAGCACAUCGAUUGGAUGGCUCUCAACGGGAUCAACAUGCCACUGGCGUUCACAGGCCAAGAGAAGGUGUGGCAGUCUACGUUCAACAAGUUCAACGUGAGCAAUUCUGGGCUCCACAAGUUCUUUGCCGGGUCAGCGUUCUUGGCGUGGGGACGAAUGGGCAACCUCCGCGGGAGUUGGGUCAAGGGUCCUCUUCCCCAGCAAUUCAUCGACGACCAGUUCGACUUGCAGGUCAAGAUCCUCGGCCGUAUGCGGGAAUUCGGGAUGAUCCCGGCGCUACCGGGGUUUGCUGGCCAUAUCCCCGAGGAAAUCACCACCAUUUACAAGAACGCAACCAUUGCGCGAUCACCCAACUGGGGCAACUUCCCCGAUGAGUUCUGCUGCGUGUACAUGUUGGACCCAACGGACCCGCUGUACACGGAAAUUGGGCGCACGUUUGUUGCCGAGCAGCGCCGUCUCUAUGGAUAUACAUCGUCAUUGUAUCAAGCCGACACGUAUAACGAAAUGGACCCGACGCAGCCUGACCCGGUGUACUUGUCGAAGGCAUCCAAGGCAGUCAUCGACAGCAUGACGCUAGCUGAUCCAAAUGCAGUUUGGCUCAUGCAGGGAUGGCUCUUCUUGAGUGGCUACUGGACCAACGAGCGUAUUCAAGCGUAUGUGGGCGGAGUUCCAGACGACAAACUCAUCAUUUUGGACCUUUACAGUGAAGUGGUUCCGAUUUGGAAAAAGAGCCAUAACUACUUUGGCAAGUCGUGGAUUUACUGCGUGCUGCACAAUUUUGGCGGCAAUAUGGGGCUGCGGGGGGACUUGCCAACCAUCGGGACGGAUCCCGUGGCGUCGCGGCUUGCGUCCAACGGGACAAUGAUUGGAGUCGGUCUCACCAUGGAAGGAAUUUUCCAGAACUACAUCGUGUACGACUUGACGCUCCAAAUGGCGUGGGAGUCCAAGCCCGUCGAUGUCCACUCGUGGGUCCCAGACUUUGUGCACAGCCGGUACCACGUCAGCGAUGCCAACGCCAACCAAACAUGGACCACACUCUUGCAUUCUGUCUACAACGUGACGAAAGCGUAUGGAGGCGUGACCAAGAGCCUCGUGACCAUCCGACCGCACUGGAAAAUGAUUCAAGACGGAUUCAUGCCGACCAAAAUCGCCUACGAUCCGAAACAAGUGGCCAUCGCGUGGCGGAGUUUGUUAGCUGCUAGUUCGUCGUCACCAGAAUUGAAGGACACCGACACGUACCGUCAUGAUGUGGUGGACUUGACUCGCCAAGUGCUGACCGAUCUCGUGUACAAGCACUACGAAGCUCUUGAAACCGAGUUUCACGACACCCACACCCCGUUGAGUCGGAUCGAAGGGCGCGCCCAUGCGAUCCUGACGCUCAUUCAAGACAUCGAUCGUGUCCUUGGCACACACGAAGAUUUUUUGCUUGGCAAGUGGCUCUUCGAUGCCAAAGCGUUGGCAGGAGGCCACGACAGUUCGGAGCUGAGUUUGUACUACGAAUACGAAGCUCGCAAUCAAGUGACGCGUUGGGGCGAUUCGAAUGGCAACGUGCUGGGCGAUUACGCAACGAAGCAAUGGUCUGGCCUCGUGGCGUCGUACUACUUGCCACGGUGGCAGGUGUGGCUCAAAGAUGUCGUCGCGGCAUUCAAAGAGCACCGACCUGUUGAUGAAGUGGGGGUACGACAGGUGACGGAAGCAUUCGAGCUUGCGUGGAACCGCGAAACCAAGUCGUACCCGAUCACACCCCGUGGUGAUUCACUCGCGGUGUCCCACGAAUUGUACAAGAAGUAUGUGCAAGGGGCUGUCUUUGACGCGGCCUCGUUCCUGCCGCUGGCAUAAUCAAACACAAAGUCAUGAUUCCACUGCGCUUCAAUUUCAGCCUUCGUAGCGCUAUACCCUUGUCUAAAUGCCAUCUAUUGACUGUGCCGUUGAAGAGAGCUGCGCUGUCGACCUGUGAAUUCUCC